AAUGAAGCGUCAUACCGCUAUAUAUUGUCCGACAAAUGUGUGUGUAGCACAAACUCCUGAGGGUGACUGAGAUUUACAGCUCUUGCAGCAAUGAAUGGUUUUCUGUGCCUGUUGGCUGCAGGGCUGUACCUGUGCUUGCAAUGGCAGGUGAAUGCUGAAUCGCAUUUGAGCAGGGCUGAUAUUGAGAGAGCUGUAAUCGAAGCCAAGGCCAAUGUUGACUCAGCCUACGAAUACUCCAGAAAAGUGAGCAUUGAACGGGUGAGGCGGAAUGCAGUGAGUCCCGCAGACAUCCUGCGUGUGUUGAAGCAGCCUGUUGGGAUGACACGAAAUGCAGUGCGUGCGGCAGACUACAUGCAUUAUGCCGUGCAACUGAUCCAGCAGUCUUUGCACAGACGUCAAAAACGCUCCAUCAAUGCCACAGAUUUGAUCUCUGAUGAGCAUCUGGCAGUCAUCGCUACUCUGACAGGUUGCUCCCCCAAGCAUCGGCCCCCUUCUUGCAGGGCGAGUUUUGAAUCUCCGUAUCGCACAGCAAGCAGUGCCUGCAACAACCAGGAAAACCCCCUCUUAGGCACCUCCAACACACCUUUCACCCGCUGGCUCCCUGCUGAGUACGAGGAUGGCACUUAUGAACCAAGAGGCUGGGAUAAUAAGACUGUCAACAAUCACUAUCUGCCAUGGGUGAUAGAGUUGUCCAACCAAAUUCUGCGAACAUCGAACAAUGAAGUGGAAAGCGAUCCACUCUACACCCAUCUGGUGACCAUCUUUGGCCAGUGGACUGACCACGACUUGACCUUCACUCCUCACUCUCCUGUUAUCCGCUCAUUCAAUAACGGGGUUGACUGUGACAAGAGCUGUGAGCGCACAGAGCCCUGCUUUCCCAUUAAGUUUCCCAGCAAGGACCCCCGUUUUGGCAAAGACUCAGAGUGCAUGCCUUUCUUCCGCUCAGCGGCAGGUUGUGGCUCCGGCCAAACCGGCCAGGUCUUUGGUGCCGACACCACCCGUCAGCAGAUGAACGCCCUUACAGCUUUCAUUGAUGUAGGCCAGGUGUAUGGUUCAGAAAAAAACAAAGCUCAACUUCUUCGGGAUCUCAGUUCAGAUGAUGGCCUGAUGAGGGUCAACGAAAUGUACACUGACAACAGCCGUGAGCUCCUGCCCUUCGCUAACAUGGUUUCCAAAAUUUGUGCUAGCCGAGCUCGCAUUACUAAUGAUGUUAAUGCAGAGGAGGUGCCCUGCUUUCAGGCUGGUGACGAGCGUGUCGAUGAGAACAUUGCGUUGACCAGUUUACACACUCUGUUUUUGCGUGAGCACAAUCGGCUGGCCCGUGCUCUGGCAAAGCUAAAUCCUCACUGGGACGGAGAGAGGCUCUACCAAGAGGCGCGCAAAAUCAUGGGAGGAUAUUUCCAGGUUAUCACUUACAGAGACUACUUGGCUCACAUUGUUGGUCCAGACAUGAUUGCCAAGCAGCUGUCCACCUACCCUGGUUAUGAUGAAAGUGUUGAUCCCAGCAUCUCUAAUGUGUUCGCUACUGCUGCCUACCGAUUCGCUCACCUGAUGGUUCAGCCUGUCAUGUUUCGUUUGAAUGAGGAAUACAAUGAACACCCCCAAUACCCAAGCCCUAUGCUUCACAAAGCCUUCUUCACACCGUGGAGGAUCAUCUUUGAAGGUGGUUUGGACCCAAUCCUCAGGGGCCUUGUGGGUCGUAAGGCCAAGCUGAACACGCAGGAGCACAUGAUGCCUGAAGAGCUAAGGGAAAAACUGUUCAAAUUCUCCAACAAGUUGGCUUUGGAUCUGGGUGCCCUUAACAUACAGAGAGGCAGAGACCAUGGAAUCCCUGGCUACAACAAAUGGCGCAAGUUCUGUGGGCUUUCAGAGCCACGUAACAUGAAACAGCUGGCUGAAGUGUUAAACAACACGGCUCUGGCCACCAAACUUAUGGAUCUCUAUGGAACCCCUGACAACAUCGAUGUGUGGCUUGGAGGAGUGGCUGAGCCCUUUGUCAAUGGAGGAAGAGUGGGACCCCUUUUUGCCUGCCUGAUUGCCACUCAGUUUGAGAAGAUUCGCAAGGGAGACCGACUUUGGUGGGAGAACGAGGGAGUCUUCACUGAGGCCCAAAGGGAGUCACUGAAACAAACGUCACUUGCCCGAAUCAUCUGUGACAACACUGGUAUAACUGAUGUCCCCGAAAGCCCCUUCCAGUACCGGCCUCGAGGGUCAGGUUACACCCAAUGUGCGAACAUCCAGGCUUUUGACCUCGAUGCAUGGAAGGAGGAUGCAUCUAACCAAAAUGGAACCCCAGGAAACAAAGGGCCUCGUGGUAAGAGCGGACCUCCUGGACCCCCUGGACCCGCUGGACCCCCCGGGCCUUCAGGCACCAUGGUUAAUGUUGCCUUCUCUUUGAGACUGGGUAACAACUUCCCCAAAGCCAACGGGCCCAUGAAAUUCUCCGAGGUCAUCUACAAUGGACAAAAAAGCUAUGACAUGAAUACCGGGUUUUUCACGUGUGAGUAUCCAGGUGUUUAUGAGUUUCAGUUCCACGCCACCAUUUACAACCAAGAGGCCACUUUGGAUCUGAUGCGCAAUGAUAAAAGGGUUCUGCACUCAUUCACCACCAGGCAGAGCGGUUACAUCUCAGCAAGUGGCAGCAUAAUCAUUAAGCUUGAGAAGUGGGACAAGGUCUUUCUUGUAGCCAACUUUGCUAACAGCAACAUUAACAACGGUCUGACCGCUGACAGUUCUUUCUCAGGGCAUCUUCUGUUCACUGAGUAGCUAAUUGUUCUUCAGCUGUAGACCAAUGACAUCCUAAAAUGCCUGCAAAGAUGUGGUCCUAUAUGCAGCCCUUAAAUGCUGCUGAUGGAUGAGAUGAUACACCUUUUCAUUUUCUAUUGUGGUUUAACUGCAUUGCUCUGAAAUCCAAGGCAGGACAAGCUUUACAUGUUCAGAUUUUACAUUUCCUGAAGUUCAACUUAAGCAGAGCUGUCCUAAAAGUUAAUUAAAGUAAUUAUAGUUUUUUACUUAAAUGUGUAAAUGUAGAAAAAACUCCAACUCUCAAGCAAUUAAAGCCCGACUGAGCUAAAAGCACAUUGUCUAAAAAAAAGGGUUGCAUUAAUUGAUUAUUGAAUGAAGGAAUAUUUAUAAUGUAAUAAUUCCCGCCCUACUGAAAAACAAUGUGAAAACUUGUGAUAUUUGUUCUUAUUUUCUAACUAAUCAUGUCAUGUUAUAUUUAAAAUGGCUACAACUGAAAAAGCUGUGAUGAUGUAUGUCACUUUAAGAUUAAUGUUAAUAAAGUAAUUAUACUUAUUGAA